AUGGCUGAAAAAGUAAGGUCAGAAGAUAUCCUUGGCCAGAAAUGGGACCGGUGCCUCUCAGAUACCGCGAUAAAAUCAGUUAGUGGUCUAGGCCUUGGAAUUGUUUUUUCAGUCAUAUUUUUUAAAAGGAGAAUCUGGCCAGUAGCUUUCGGUACCGGAAUUGGUUUUGGGAUGGCGUAUGCUAACUGUCAACAUGAUUUUCAAAGUCCAUUUUUCAUCCAUGGCAAAAAUGUUCCGGUAACAGAUAAAGGGAGUUAACCUCUGAGAGACAUAGUGCUAAAUUGAUAACAAUGACUUUUAUUGGAAUGUAAAUUUAUUAUGAUAUUGUGUGAUAGACAAAGAAUGACUGGAUUAGGAUUAAACAGAAGACAAAAAUAUGUCUUAAUCUAUGGACAUUUGUUUGAUACCCCUAAUAAAAUAUAACAAUAUAUCUAAAA